AGAGCAUUUGCAAAAAAGGAAGGACAAGGAUCGACGGUGUGCCGGUUUCUAAGAUUGGUGCAAAGUCAGUUAUACUUUUCAUUGCAUUCUUCCUUUUAAAGUAUUUUGUUAGUGAGUUCUUUGAGUGUCAUGUCAGUGCUUUUGAUGAACGCAACUUCGUUAAUUGCAAGAAAACCUUUUGUUGAAAUUGGAACUCGUCUUUUGUCAUCCAUGGCUCAACAGUUGCAGACCCACGGUGUUGUGCCUGAUGUUAUAGACAAGGUUCCCACAAAUGUAUUGCAAGUCACUUAUCCAAAUAAUCUUGCUGUUGAAAUUGGCAAAGUGUUGACUCCAACACAAGUUAAGGAUCCUCCUGCUGUUAAAUGGGAUGGAGAUGCAAAUACUUUUUAUACUCUCUGUAUGACUGAUCCAGAUGCACCAAGUCGUAAAGAACCAAAAUUUCGUGAAUGGCAUCACUGGCUUGUAGGAAACAUUCCUGGUUCUGACGUUUCCAAAGGAGAAGUCCUCUCUGAAUAUGUUGGUUCAGGUCCUCCAAAAGGCACCGGAUUACAUCGUUAUGUUUUCCUUUUGUAUAAACAGCCUCAAAAGCUUACAUUCGAUGAACCUCGUUUAACUAAUCGCAGCGGGGAUAAUAGAGCAAAAUUUUCCAUAAGAAAAUUCGCCGCAAAAUACAAACUAGGAGAUCCUAUUGCUGGAAAUAUGUACCAGGCUGAAUUUGAUGAUUAUGUUCCACUCCUAUAUAAACAAUUAGGAGAUUAAGCAUGAGUAGAAUAUAAGGAAUUUGAAACAGGAAUAUAUAGAUUUUGAAGAUGGAUAUGCAGAUAUUUUACAUUCUUGUAAUACUUGUACGUGAAGAAGGAAAAUAAACUAAAUUACAAUGUA